CUAAACAACCACGUCAGUUUCCUGCCCUCAUCGGUUACCUUUGUCCCCAACGCAUGUAUCCGCGUUUGCGUUGCGUCUGUGCCUGACGGGGUAAAUCGUGAAACCCCGGGCAAAGCGCAUAAAAAACGGAAAGCCGUUCUCAUCUUGCCCUCCUUUUUAGCUUUUAGCUUGCGCCUUGCGUUCGCGGAAAAGGCUCAUCUUUUCAGGUGGAAGGAGCGAUUCGUCUGUGCCUGCGCCUCGCCGGGCUCGUGCCGCUGUACCCUCCUUCUCCAGGAGACCUGUACGGUGAAGGGGCGUUCCCGCGCCAAACGGGAAGCAAAGCUCGCUCGCGCCCUUUUUUUCGGAUCAUAUAACGCCGGCGCCUAGCUCAAACACCACAGCUCGCUGCCUAGAUCUACGCGGCAGCGGCGGCGGCAGAGGAGAGGGACCCGGAGCUGCGCCAUGGGUCCUACCGCCGGCUCCGGCGAGGACAAGGCUAUGUCAGAGCUCCGGAAAAAACAUCGUGUGGACCUAGAGAGACUAACAAUUACAUCGCGACCAUUCAAGACAUUGUCAUUCUUUGUGUUAGCCAUUGCUCAGAAUUUGGAAAGAACAUGUUCAUCUGUUCUGAAAAAAGGUUACCAGUUAAAAACCGCAAUGCUUUUGGUUGUUGCUACUUGGCUUCUGCUCAUGUUCACUGAUGGCCUGAAUGAAAAGCAUCUGCAGGAGCUAUUUUGGUAUGUCAGGUUUGGAUUGUGGUGGAUUAUACUAGGGGUUGCUUCAUCCAUUGGAUUAGGUUCUGGUUUGCACACUUUCAUAAUGUAUUUGGCUCCCCAUGUUGCCCUGUUCACUAUCAAAGCGGUUCAGUGUGGUAGGGUUGAUUUGAAAAGUGCUCCUUAUGACACUAUUCUCCUUGAAAGGAGACCAUCCUGGUUAGAGAAAGACUGUCUGCAAUUUGGACCCCCAAUUUAUCAUGAAACAAUUCCAUUCAGCAAAAUACUGCAAGAAGUUUAUCUUGAAGCUAUUCUUUGGGGCAUUGGAACUGCACUUGGAGAGCUUCCUCCAUAUUUUCUCUCAAGAACAGCUAGCAUGUCAGGCCGCAUAAUUGAUGAAUUAGAAGAUUUGGAUGCUUCCAUUUCAGAAGGCUUUCUAUCAUCAGCUUUACGUCAGGCCAAACGAUGGCUCAUGUCUCAUUCACAGUAUUUAAGCUUCACUCUAAUAUUGCUACUUGCUUCGGUGCCAAACCCUCUAUUUGAUCUUGCCGGUAUCUUGUGUGGACAAUUUAACAUCCCUUUCUGGAAGUUUUUUCUAGCAACUUUGAUUGGAAAGGCUAUUGUUAAAGUUUGUAUCCAGACUACAUUGGUGAUUACUCUCUGCAAUAACCAACUUCUUGAUUUGGUGGAGAAAAGGCUUAUAUGGGCAUUUAGCAAUGUUCCUGGAGUGGCAUCUGUCCUUCCAUCUUUUGUUUCCAAACUGAAGAUGGACAAAAAUAAGUUUUUAUCAGCCCAUGUUGCUGCAUCAGCUUCUACUUCUGUUAAGGGAAAGAAGUGGAAUCUGUCAUUCUCUUUGGUCUGGAAUACCCUGGUGUGGCUCAUGGUUGCAAACUUCAUUAUCCAGAUAGUUACUUCUACAGCACAGGGUUAUCUCAGGACACAACAGGAGCGAGAGAUCAGUAAAAAGUUGGAAACCGAGCUUUCUGCCUCUUAACGUUCUUCUGCGCACCAAAAUGAUUCGCCCUGGGAAAGUCCAAUACAUUGUACAUAACCAUGCAUCAACCAUCAGCUCAAGACUAAAGGCUCUCCUGCAGUAUUGUGGUGCACUGACUAUUGGUCUAUUUCUUUCGAAAGAGAGAGAGAGGAAAGCUAUUAGCUAGUGCUAGAAAUAUAAUGGUGCCCCACUUACAAUUGUAAGUUUGUGGCCUUGUACAUAGCAACAAAUAUUAUUAGGGGACAAAAAUAUCUAAUGAUACAAGUUAAUACCUGAUUUUGUCUCCGCA